UGGCCAUCAGUACCAUUUGUAGCAAGGUCCAUCUCCAUCAAUCUCCAACAGCCAGAAGGAAGACUACCGAAGGGGCUGAGAGCAACCACAAGCCGCAACCAUGAACGGCACAGAGGGACCCUUUUUUUAUGUCCCUAUGGUGAACACCACCGGCAUUGUCCGGAGUCCUUAUGAAUACCCUCAGUACUACCUUGUCAACCCGGCAGCCUAUGCUGCCUUGGGCGCCUACAUGUUUUUCCUCAUCCUCGUUGGCUUCCCCAUCAACUUCCUCACUCUCUAUGUCACUAUUGAACACAAGAAGCUGCGAACCCCUUUAAACUACAUCCUUCUAAACCUGGCGGUGGCCGACCUCUUCAUGGUGUUCGGAGGAUUCACCACGACGAUGUACACGUCCAUGCAUGGCUACUUCGUUCUUGGACGCCUCGGCUGCAAUCUGGAAGGAUUCUUUGCUACCCUUGGUGGUGAAAUCGGUCUCUGGUCACUGGUUGUCCUGGCUAUUGAAAGGUGGUUGGUCGUCUGCAAGCCCAUCAGCAACUUCCGCUUUGGUGAGAAUCAUGCUAUUAUGGGUUUGGCCUUCACCUGGAUCAUGGCCCUGUCCUGUGCUGCUCCCCCUCUCAUCGGCUGGUCUCGUUACAUUCCUGAGGGAAUGCAGUGCUCAUGUGGAGUUGACUACUACACUCGUGCAGAGGGUUUCAACAAUGAGUCCUUUGUCAUCUACAUGUUCAUCUGCCACUUCUGCAUUCCACUUUUUGUGGUGUUCUUUUGCUAUGGCCGUCUGCUCUGCGCUGUCAAGGAGGCUGCUGCUGCCCAGCAGGAGUCUGAGACCACCCAGAGAGCUGAGAGGGAAGUCACCCGCAUGGUUGUCCUCAUGGUCAUCUCCUUCCUGAUUUGCUGGCUCCCAUAUGCAGGAGUGGCCUGGUACAUCUUCACAAAUCAGGGAUCUGAGUUUGGGCCACUCUUCAUGACACUCCCAGCCUUCUUUGCCAAGAGCUCCUCUAUCUACAACCCACUCAUCUACAUCUGCAUGAACAAGCAGUUCCGCCACUGCAUGAUCACCACCUUGUGCUGCGGGAAGAACCCCUUUGAAGAGGAGGAGGGUUCCACUACUGCCUCCAAAACCGAGGCUUCCUCUGUUUCCUCCAGCUCCGUGUCCCCUGCUUAAAAGGAGCACCAGGCAAAGGCUCCACGAUCCACUAUCUAAGAAGACGACCUCUGACCCCCCAGUGAAACGACUGAAGGCUCAUGUCUACAGAAACAUCUUCCUUUUUUGUAUUUUUACAAACGAGUUUGUUCAACAUAAAGACAGUUGCAGGAAGGGUCAGCCUAUUACAGCGUUGUUCCUGUAUGUACAGAGUAUCCAACAAAGUCAUUUAUGAGAAUUUUUUUCCUCAGACGAAAGGAAAAAAUGUUAUUUCUUCACAGUUGGAUCUUAAAUGAUACUGGCUUAAUUUUGAAUGUAGAGGCAUGUAAUCAAAGCAACGUAAAAUAAAACGCACUUUGCAAACGAUUCAUCCUGUUUAUGUUUUAAUUAUAACUUGGGUGGAAAACCUAAUCAACUGUAGUGUAUUUAAUCUAACAAAUAAAUGUGAAUGAUCUAUUCAACCUGCA